AUGUCUAGGGCGGAUGAUCUUGAGGAGAGGGGGCCGAGAAGCUUUGAAGAGAAGGCCGCAGACGAAUGCAAUCUGCAACCUCCGAAACCCAGCAGGAGUGUGAAAAAGAGAGUACUAUCUAUGCGGGGUGAGAACGAGCACAACUCCAAGCACAUCAGAAUGAAUCCACACUAUAAAAAGACCACAGCAAUAUCAGCCAUCCAGGAGGCUGAUGGAAAGGAGAAGGGAGGCAGUGUGUUGAGGCAGGCGAUACGGCGGAGGGACCUGUCUUACAUCAGUGAGUUUCUGGCUAGAAAGGAUAGAGGCCUGAUGGUGAGAAUGCUGUCGUGCGACGACAAGGAGGUGCUGGGGGAACUGCUUCUAGAGUUUAUUGACCAACCGUUGCGGAGUGAGGCACUGGAAAUGAUGAGGGAGAUUGUUUCAAGCAUAAAGGAUGUUGGAGUGUUUGUCGAAAGGCUGAAGGAGAGAGCCAUUGAUUUCUCAAAGCUGAUCUACCUGAAGGGGAGGAUCGACUAUCUGAGAUUCACGAUUGGGACUGAGGAGGAGAAGAAGCCUGAGGUGGUUGUUAGAGAUGACUUAGUUGAAAGAUCUGGAUGA